UCAAAAUAUUACUUUGAGAUUUUAAGUGGACAAUAAUAUGAGUGAUUUGUGUGUGGACAAAAAAGUGAGAGCUGGUAUUUGGCAACCAUAUCCCCAUCUGCGCAUCUUCUUCCGUAAAUUUGCAAGGCUAUCUCAAUCUUCUUCUUCCUCCAUGUGUCUUCUCUGCUACAUAGCAAUCGAUUCAAUGACCAGACCUCUUCUCCGCCACCACCGCUCUCUUGUUUCCGCCGCCGCCACAAUUCUUAUUCUUCUCAUUUCUACUUCGCCUCUGCAAUCUUCUCUACUCGUAAUCUUCCAUGGCUGCACCUCCGAUAGAUCUGUCUUCCUCGAUGCAUUUCCGCCGAUGUUGGAUCCACCGUCUUGGAUUGGCGUUGACUCCGAUUUUGGGUUGUGGGUGUCGGCUUCGUCGCCCUUGAUGGACAACCUCUCCGAUUCGAGGUAGCGAGUGCUGGAUCCAUCGUCCUCGAUGCCAGAGAGGUGCCUGAGGGAAGGAUAGGGC